AUAUUUUUUUUAAGGACUGUUUUGCCUUCACAAUGUUUGGGGACUUAUUUGAAGAGGAUUUUUCCUUUAUUUCAAACAAUCAUUGUGGAAAAGGGAAGAAAUCAAAGCCCAGAGAUUCUGAGCCUCCAGCUCCCAGGGAUUCCACCAACCUAAGUGGUAUCAAAAAUCAGGGUGGGACGUGCUACCUUAAUUCCCUUCUGCAGACUCUGCUUUUCACACCCGAAUUUAGAGAGGCGCUGUUCUCUCUAGGACCUGAAGAACUUGGGACUUUGGAUGAUAGCAGUAAACCAGAUGCAAAGGUUCGAAUAAUUCCAUUACAACUUCAACGGUUAUUUGCUCAGCUUCUGCUCUUAGACCAGCAGGCUGCAUCUACAACAGACCUUACUGAGAGCUUUGGGUGGAACAGCCAUGAGGAAAUGAGGCAGCAUGAUGUGCAGGAAUUAAAUCGGAUUCUGUUCAGUGCUUUGGAAACUUCCCUUGUGGGGACUUCAGGUCAUGACCUUAUUAACCGAUUGUACCAUGGGAUUGUUGUCAACCAGAUUGUUUGUAAAGAAUGCAAGAAUAUCAGUGAGAGACAGGAAGACUUCUUAGACCUAACAGUGGCGGUAAAAGGUGUUGCUGGCUUGGAGGAGGCCUUAUGGAACAUGUAUGUAGAAGAAGAGUACUUUGAAAAUGAGAACUUGUAUCAGUGUGGAGCCUGUGAUAAACUUGUUGAAGCUUCAAAGUCUGCUAAACUACGCAAGUUGCCACCCUUUCUCACUGUUUCUCUCCUGAGAUUUAACUUUGACUUUGAGAAGUGCGAACGAUACAAGGAAACAAGCUGCUAUACAUUCCCUAUACAGAUAAAUCUGAGGCCCUUUUGUGAGCAGACUGAAAUGGAUGAUUCAGAGUACAUGUAUGAGCUCUUCUCUGUUAUUAUACAUAAAGGUGGCUGCUAUGGAGGACACUAUCAUGUUUAUAUCAGAGAUGUGGAUGAAUUAGGAAACUGGCAGUUACAGGAAGAAGAGCAUAGGCUGAUUGAAGAUAAGGCUUUAAGAGAUACUGAAAAUGCCAAAGAAAUAGAAAAUCCAUUGGAAGUGUUGAAAGGGAUUUUAUCAGAGGAAGAAUCUAAACAAAUUCCCGUGGAUCAAUUAGGGCAGAAAUUAUUGGAGAAAAAUGGUGUGUCCUGGAAUAAGAAAUACCGAAAACAAUGUGGAGCAUUACGAAAGUAUUUGCAGAAUCAUCCUCAGAUAUUUCAGUUCAGUCCUGAUGAAAAUAAGGUUGGUCUGAAGGAAAAACACAAGCUUGCAUUUAGGUCAGAUUCUCAAGGACAAGAUCUCCAAAGCCCUCCUCAGAAGAAUGAUGUCCAGUGGAAUUCAGAAAAAAACCCUGCAAGGCUAAGGGACGGUUCUGCUGGUUGCCAUUGGUUUGAUCUGAAUGAUUCAAAAGUCCAGCCAAUCAAGGAGAAGGAUAUUGAGAAACAAUUUCAGGGUAAAGAGAGUGCCUACAUGCUGUUUUAUCGAAAAUCUCAGUUAAAAAGACCGCCUGAAGCACGAGGAAAUCCAAGGUACCAAAUUCCUGAACACCUUCUGAGUGAAAUGAAUGCUGCUAAUACUGAGCUGCAAAAAAAGAGAGCGGAAUGUGACUCAGCAAACAAUGGCAUUGAUUUACAUCUCCAUCUGAGCUCGUGUUAUAAAUUUCACAAUGGGGCUUUGCAUCCUACACUUACUUGGAAAGAGAGUGUUGUGGAAUUGACUAUUGAUAGAAGAAAAACACUAGGAGACCUUCGACAUUCAGUAUUCCAGAUGUUGGAAUCUUGGGAAGGUGACAUGAUUCUCAGUAUUGCCAGGCCUUUACCAGCAGGACUGCAUCUUUACCAGAUGCUCAAUGGAGAUGAGCUGACACUGGAUGGCAUUGGGCUGGCUGAUGGAGCAGACAUCUUUGUGUGGAAUGGGAAGGAGGUUGGUGGUACAAAGGUGAUGACAGGCCCUGAUCAUGAACCUGUGGUUGUAAACGUUCUUCGUUUAGCAGAGUAUAACGAAGGAGGGAAGGGUCAGCAUUUCACAGAAUCGCAGCAUGUCUUUCCAUGCAGCACAAAAUUAGGUGAUCUGCGCAGAGCCUUAGCACCGUCAGGAGGAAUCAUCUUAAAGAACGGCUCAGGACUAGAUAAGGAAGCCAAGAACUGGGAAGUUUUUCUUGAAGAAGAUAUGAAGGAAACAGUCAAAAGUGUUGGUUUGACGGAUGGAUGCUCAGUACUAAUCUUAGACAGCCAUGACCAAAGCUUUGUCAAUGUGUCGAGUGGCAAUUUGACUGCUUUUACGUAUGACAUCAGCUGGCUCCAAGUUAAAAACUUCUGCAGAACGGAUGAUGAAGAGAAACACGUUAAAAUUACUGCCACUAUUGAAACAGUGAUGUCAGAUAUCAAAAUGAAAGCAAUACGGGAGCUUCAGCUAGAGGAGGAACUAGCAAAUGACAGCUGUCUUAGACCUGUUAGUGGAAAUGGGAAACUUCUUUCUCCAGUACCCGAAGACUAUACUGUCAAGGAAGCGGAACUGAAAAUGGGAAGCUUGCUAGGGCUGUGUCAUGGGAAAGCGCCAACUUCCACUCAGCUCUUCUUGUAUUUUCUUGUUGGGAGUGACCAAAACUCAAGUCCUGAGAUGGAGAUAGUUGUGGAAGAGACUGCCUCUGUCAAAGAGUGUCUAAAUUUAAUGCUGGAAAAAUCUGGAUUAUCAGGUGACAACUGGCAUUUGAGAAGGAUUGACUGGUGCUAUGAAGCAGGGGAAGCAUUAACUCAGGAAAAUGCCACUCUGAAGGAACUUAAUGUUUGCAGAGGAGAUACUUUGGUUAUAACUGAAGGAAAGCUUCCACCAAAGGGUUUCCUUAAAAUACCCAUUUGGUGGUUCAAGUCUUCGACUCAUAUGAAACAUGGAGAGAAUGCACCAGACCAAGUGAACGGGAUGACCUGCAAGAUGGAUGCUCUGCAUGUGUCUCCUGCAGGAGAUUCACCAGAAUACUUCCACACAGACAUGGAUCUUUGUUAUGCUGGCAGCAUAGAAAUAGCGGGAGAAGCUUCUUUGGAAGAUCUGAAGAUGCAGGCUAUGACCCUACCAUAUUGCCAGGAGCAGAUUGUCCCACUACCCUCAUUUCUCAGAGCGUGGACAGUGGACAGUAAGCGCCCAGGCAAGCUUUUACGAAACAACAAGCAACAACUCAAUGACUAUAAGCUGGGUGCCCGAGUGGAAAUCUGCAUAGAAGCUUUGCAAAAAGAAGAGCAUCUGGGCCCCCAUGAACUGCUGCUUCGAGUCCAGAUGGGCAUACCAGGGGAGAGGGACUACUAUGACUCCACGGAUUUGGUGUGGGAUAUCUCCAAAGAGUGCACAACCUGGGCGCUGAGACAACGAGUGGCUUCUCACUAUUGUCUCCCUGUAGAUAAAAUUGAAAUAGCCAAAUACUUCCCUGAAAAAUUUGAGUGGCUGCCAAUAUCUAGCUGGACACAGCAAAUUUCAAAGAAGAAACGGAAGAAAAAACAGGAAAGUUUACAAUCAGCACCUUAUCACCUGAAAGAUGGCGAUAUCAUUGGGGUGAAGAAUCUUCUCCUUGAUGACACAAAGGACUUCAGUACAGUGAGAGAUGAUGUUGGAAAAGAAAAACAAAGGCAGCUUGCAUUAGAAAAAAAGAAAAGUCGGCAAGCCGAACACUUACAAGACCAUGUUUUCUCUGAGGAGAAGCUGAGUAUUAAGCACCGUAAACCAGAAGUGGCUCUUUCUAUCAAUGUGGGUGUUUUCAGAUAG